AUGUCUGCAACUGACGCCACAAACAAUGGCGCCCUCGAGAAGGACGUCGGGUCUUCUGCCCAAGACAAUGGGGCCUCUGUCUACCCUCAGAUGUCGGCGGAAGAGCACUCUGUCGCGCGCGCGGCCGCUCGCUUCGGUUACGGACCUCUCGCCCACGUCAACGCCAGCGAUGCUGUUCUCCGCCCCUUCGGUGGUGAGUUCCAGCCCGGUCUGUACAGAGAUGUCAAGGAGCGCAAGUUCGGUAAUCCUGCUCCUCUUGGCCUGAGCGCUUUCGCCCUCACCACUUUUGUCCUCAGCGCCAUCAACAUGGGCGCUGCUGAUCUCUCCAUGCCUAACAUCGUCGUUGGCCUCGCUUUCGGCUAUGGCGGUCUCGUCCAGCUGCUUGCUGGCAUGUGGGAAAUGGCCGUCGGUAACACCUUUGGUGCCACCGCUCUCUCCUCUUACGGCGGUUUCUGGAUCGCCUUCGCCAUCGUGCUCACCCCCGGCGGCUUCGAAAUCGGCGAGGAACUCGGCGGCUUGAGCUCCGAGGAGUUCAACCAUUCCAUGGGCCUCUUCCUGAUGGGAUGGUUUAUCUUCACCACCAUUCUGUUGUUCUGCACCCUGAAGUCCACCGUCGCCUUCUUCCUGCUCUUCUUCUUCCUCGACCUGACCUUCCUCCUGCUCGGUAUCUCCUACCUGCAGGGCAACGGCCACGCCCCCGACUCCAGGAUCCAGAAGGCCGGUGGUAUGUUCGGCCUGCUGGCUGCAUUCGCCGCCUGGUACAACGCUCUGGCCGGUAUUGCCGAUACCAGCAACAGCUUCUUCAUCACCCCUGUUGCCCACUUCCCCUGGUCUCCGACCGGUCGCUCGCGCCGCGAGAAGACCGCGCGCGAGAACGUUUAG